CCCGCCAGGCGCGCACCGCGCCGCGCCCGCGCCAUGGACGAGCCGCCCGAGGACGUGAGGGCUUUCCUCCGGCAGCACCCGAGCCUGCGCCUGCUGACGGACACCGGCAGGGUGAGGUGCGCCCUGACCGGCCACGAGCUGCCCUGCCGCCUGGCCGAGCUGCAGGCCUACACUCGCGGCAGGAAGUACCAGCGCCUGGCGCGCGCCGGCCCGGCCUUCGACUACGCCGAGUUCGAGCCCCACAUCGUGCCCAGCACCAAGCACCCGCACCAGCUGUUCUGCAAACUCACCCUACGACACAUCAACAAAGCCCCUGAGCACGUGCUGAGGCACACCCGCGGCCGGCGCUACCGGAGAGCACUGCAGCAGUAUGAAGAGUGCCAGGAGCAAGGAGUGGAGUAUGUCCCUGCCUGCCUGCUGCAUAGGAGGAAGAGGAAGGAAGUCCACACAGACGGGGAUGGACCUGGCCUGAGAGCAGCGUUCUGGGAGCCAGCCUCCAGCGAUGAAGGGGAGAGCCCAAGUAGUGACGACAGCAUGACAGACCUGUACCCGCCCGAGCUGUUUGCCAAAAAGGACCUGGGAGGACAGAAGAAUGAGGAUGGCUCCACCGACUUUCUGACAGACCAAGAGGAGGUGAGGCCAAGGCCCCCAGGAGAGGCAGACACUGAGGACAGAAAGGAGGUGGGAAUGGACUGCAGGCAGAUGUGUAAGCGGAGAAAGAAACAGCUUGGGUCGUUGACCAAGAAGCCCAGGAGCUUCAACUCCUUCAAGCAGUUGGGGUAACGAAGACUACGGAGACCCACCCACAGGUCCCACUGUCUCUUGACUUGCUGGAGUUCUGACACGAAGGCAGCGGCAGGGCUUCCCAAGCUGCUCUGUGUGAGGCUGCUCUGGGCUGCGGCGAGCCUGGCCAGGCCCGCCCAGGCUGGAUGCUCCUCCCAUAGGAUCACACCGCAUACCACAAAUGCCUUUAUUUAUUUUGAUGUUUCCAAAAAUCAAAACAUUUUCAAACACAACUAAGAUAUAAAAUACAGCAUAAAAAUGAGAUUUAUACCUAUCCCCACAUAAAGCAAAAAGCAUUUUCAGUUAUUUUUCUAAACCAAUGGGUAGACUGUUUCUUUUUCUCCCCACCUGGCAGUCCACUGAAGACUAACAGAUGGAGUAGUGGGCCCCUAGACAGGCCGCUGCUGCAUGGCAGGGCUGACCAAACACUUGCUCCCAGGCUCAACUCCACACGUCAUGUCAUGCGACAGGGCCAAAGGGUGUGUGUUGAGGCAGUCUUGCUGUGGCGGCAUCCCACACGGGCCUUUCUGUAGGAUGAGGGAAGGCCUUGAGGCCAGAGUCUUUACUACAUCUUACCUAAAUGGGUGUGAUGGGGCAGUCUGUGAGGCUCAAUGGGACACAGGGAGAGUGCUGGAAAGGCAUCACUGGAGCAGGUGGAUCUAGGGUGCUAUGCCAGUGGACUGGACUAAGGGGAAACCCAGAGAUGGCCCCUUAAGAGACUACUGGAGUGGACAAGCCUCCACCAUAUCCCCCCAGGUUGUAUGGGUUUGUCCCCACAAGUCUAGGAGAGAUCCAGAGAUUGUGAUUAACCAUGGCAUUUCACUGUCAUCAUAUGAACAUGAGACACCUUCCCUCACCCCCCAAAAAGAGAAACACAGUGUAAGGCAAUGUUAGAAAACUUUAAAUACAGGAUCAAGAUCAAAUCGGUAAGGCAUCACAGAUUGUAAAAAGUAACCUUGGCUGCAUUCAGCAUACAGGAUGACAGAGAGCAAGCAACAGCCUUUGGAGGUGGUGUCAGGGUGGCCCAGCACAUAGCCUGGACUGGAGGAGCACUGCUAAGCCGGGGUGGAGCAUGGCCUGCAGGCUUCAGGCAUUGCUCUGAGGUUGAGGUGACUGGGUUGAGCCUUGGGUCUCCAGUGCGGGGCUAGUGUCGCUGCUAGGCCGCAGACUGCUGCUCCUCCCAGACUGGUUCCAUUGAGGGGCCAAGCAUCCUGUGUGCAGCUCCCUCACCAGCUCUCCCCACUGUCAGGCUCCAGAUAUUCAGUCCCUGCCUUGAGCCACUGAAGCUCCCAGGGUGUUUUCCACCCACUGGCACAUGGUGCGUGUUCAGCUGAAGUCAAUCACUUCGCUGUCACCAGCAGCCUCAGUUGCCCCUCCAAUACUGCACCAUUCUCUGCAUCUGGGGAUUUUCUAAAUGUCUUCAGUGAUUCUAAAAAGUCUAAUGCAGGGGCCAAAACAAGGUUGGAACCCCUGGUAAGAUUCUAAACCAGGGGUUUAGCCGUAUGGUUGAUGUUCAGCUGGACCAUCCAAAAUCAUUUAGUAGGUUUGAGCUAAGGGUGUAAACUUACAAAAGAAAAAAAAA